AGUCAAACCAUCCUAUCUUUUAGUUGUAAAUACUAUUAAGUUUGUAGUUUCUCGAAGAAGGGAAGAGUUUUCAGCUCGAGGGAGGAAGAAAAUGUCGUGCUUGGCAUCAUGCUGUACAGCAAUGACCUGUGGGCUCUGUACAUCGGUGGCUUCAGGGAUCUCCAAGAAGUCAGCUCGACUCGCCUACUGUGGUCUCUUUGGACUUUCUCUCAUCAUUUCUUGGGUCCUUCGAGAAGUUGCCGCUCCUCUCUUAAAAGAAUUACCUUGGAUAAGCUCUUCUGAAACACAUUCAAAGGAAUGGUAUCAGAUACAAGCAGUUCUUCGUGUGAGCUUGGGGAAUUUUUUGUUUUUUGCAAUAUUUGCGCUUAUAAUGAUUGGUGUGAAGGACCAAAAUGAUCGACGAGAUUCAUGGCACCAUGGAGGAUGGAUAGCAAAGAUGGUUAUCUGGUUUUUGCUUGUAAUCCUUAUGUUUUUCCUCCCCACUAUUGUCGUCUCAAUCUAUGAAACCAUAUCAAAAUUUGGGGCCGGACUAUUUUUAUUGGUUCAAGUCAUUAUACUGCUAGACUUUGUCCACUCUUGGAAUGAUGCAUGGGUUGCAAAAGAUGAGCAGAAGUGGUAUGUUGCUUUACUUGCAAUAUCAAUUGGAUGCUAUCUUGUGGCUUUUACAUUCUCAGGAAUUCUGUUUAUCUGGUUCAAUCCCUCUGGCAAUGACUGUGGCCUGAAUGUCUUCUUCAUUGUCAUGACCAUGAUUCUUGCAUUUGGUUUUGCAGUUAUAGCCUUGCAUCCUUCGGUGAAUGGCAGCCUGUUGCCUGCGUCUGUGAUAUCAGUUUAUUGUGCUUAUGUAUGCUAUACGGGUCUCUCCAGCGAACCUCGUGACUAUGCAUGCAAUGGUCUCCACAACAAAUCCAAAGCAGUUACCACAAGUACCCUUAUUCUUGGGAUGCUGACCACUAUUCUCUCAGUGUUGUAUUCUGCUCUUCGUGCUGGUUCUUCAACAACAUUUCUGUCACCACCAUCUUCGCCUAAGUCAGCUGCAAAGAAACCAUUGCUUGAAGGAGAGGAUGUGGAAGAGGGAAAAGAAAAGAAGAAAGAAACGGAAGCAAGGCCAGUUAGUUAUUCCUAUUCAUUCUUCCACUUGAUAUUUGCUUUGGCCAGCAUGUACUCAGCUAUGCUUUUAUCCGGCUGGACAAACUCAUCUGAAAGCUCAGACCUGAUUGACGUUGGCUGGACAUCAGUUUGGGUUCGAAUCUGCUGUGAAUGGGUCACUGCUGCACUCUAUGUCUGGACACUACUGGCCCCUGUGCUCUUACCAGACCGUGAGUUCUUCUAAAAAUUCCCUUCAUUACAAUGCUUAGCAAACCCAGUGACCCGAAUUCCCAAGUCGAUCUAUUUAACCUACGCCUUGGUUCUCCUUUUUACCAUUUUAAUGGUUGAUGGAAGAUGGCGGCAACAGACUUGACUUGUGUUAUUUGUUGUAACAUUCUAUAGCAGUUGUUGUAUAAAGCAUAUAUAUGUGUGUGAGUAAUGUAUAUGUAGUGCUUCCUAAGAAAGACAUUUGUUGAUUUGUUAGUUGAAGUGAGCAGGAAGCAAGUGGAAGUGCUUUUCUUGCGUGCUGGAAAUGGUAUCAAGUAUUAACCCAAUUCUUCUCUUUUCUUU